UAACUCUCUCAUUCCGUCUGUUACUGUUCGGAAAAAUGGUAGUUUUUCCUGUGCAAUCAAUUACUAAAAGGUGAACAACUUAAUUCCUUAACAAUGUUAGCUCGGAAUUCGUUAGCACAGUGGUAGAACAAAUGUGUCCCGCUUAUAGGGAAGUGCAGAUGAGCGUCCGCCAAAUGGGCAGCAUCGUUCGUCGGACUUAAUGUUCCGACGGGGUUUCGGUAGGUGCACCUUAUCCCCACAAUUCAGUGCACCCGUUCGUAGAGCGGACCAAAGUUGCAAUGGAUUUCAUGGGCCAUUCAUUCGUUGGCGAUUGGAAGGAGCGGCUAUCGCGUUUCGGUGUUCAGAGUGAGCUGUGUCUUGCGAAGCUAAUUCAAGUUCCUAGCGCGUCUAGUCGUAAAGUGUUUCGCCGCCCACCCGUAUCGUCGACGUGCGUGUCGAGUGGAGUGUGGUGAGCUGUCUGUUUUUUGGCUGGCAGAGCGAUUUUCCUUACCGCUUCUACGUACAACACGGAAGUGAGAAGCUUAGUAUUCGAGAAUCGCAAAAGGGUUUUAAGCUAUCGCGAUGCAACGCGCGACAAAAUACCAGACGUUCCAGACUGUGAUUCGUUUUUAGUGUGAUGUGCAUUUAAGAAAACAAAUCUCCCAGUCCGCUGAAUCGUAAAUCCACACCACUGGCCUAAAUAUUUCGCAGUGAAAGUGGAUUCGAAUCCAUCUCGAACGCACGCUGAUUGGCUACGCGUGUGUUUUUAAUUCAUCAUUCCCGAAUGGUGCAAAACAUUGUUCGGUCGUGAAAAUCACAACAAAGCCCUGUCAAAAAGGGCCAGAACAAACGAGUGAAGAAGAGUAGUGCGAAGAACACACCGUACGCAAGUGUCAAAAGUGCAGUACUAGAACGAAUGAAUGGGCCGCUGUUGAAUCGAACGGGAUACUUUGUAAAGCGCGAGCGAGCCAGCCUCUGCCGAUACGGGUCCAGAACAGCAGCUGCGAAAGCGAGAGCCCAAUACUGCUGAGCGAGCGCAUCCCAUGUGCUAGAUGCGAACAGUGUCAAACGGUGACAGAAGGACAGAGCAGGACAGGUGAAUCUGUGGUUACAGCUGGGCGAAGAAAAUUGUCUGCAUAAUCACACCGAGCAGUAGCAGAGGAAUCCACUGCCGACCGACGACAAUACGGCCGUCGGACCCCGAUUCAUCCUGCUGCUGUUUCCGUUUCCCGUUUGGUUCUGUUUCUGUGUUUACGCAAAAUUUGUCCCGCGUCCUGUCCAGUGUGUUAUCGUAUUGCUUUUCUCGAAUCUUCUCAUUCGCCGCAGCCCAGGAUUCGCUAAGCAACUCCAUUUCGUUUUCCAUAACUCGGCGACGAUAAGCGCACAGAAAAAAAAGCGCGGGAGAGAGAGAAAAAAAGAACACCAGACAAUAGAGAUCAUCAGCAUCUACCAUCCCGUUUUGGACCACGCGGGCAAAAUCUGACCGACGGCGGCGCGACAUACCCGAUUGGCUGGAAAAGCGCGACACGUGAAGCCGCGAAUGGUGCACUGGGAAGCAGAAAGAAAGAACAUCCGACAGUAACGGGCGGCAGCAAUCCGUUCGUUCCUGACGUCAUCAUCAACGCUCUCUGCUCUGCUGAAAGGCAGAAGGCUGAAGAUAUCGCAACCGCAGGCUCAGUCUCAUCGGAACCGUGCUACGGUGAAGAAGUGUGCACCACGUUUGUCUCCGUCGCCGGGUAUCGUGUCUGUUGGUGGUGGUGUUGUCCGUUGCUUCGCACAGAGAUCAGCCCGUUUUCACGCACGCACGCACGCAUGCUCGUUCGCGUACACAGUGACAUACCUGCCUGGCGGCUCUCAAGAUCGCGCUCUCAGUGAAACCUGUCUCUUGCGCUAUCGCUCGGCGUAUCGAGAGCCCGGAUGUGAGAACCGGCCGUGUGGCGGACCACCGAAUUCGAAUACCGAAACCCAAAUGUCCCCGGUGGGGAUGAACCGUGCCCACUACUGCCGCCAGCCCCGUCGUGUCGUCGGGUGUUAGCCGAGAGAAAGAGCGCACCAGAGCGCAAGGGAAAAGCGUAGAAAGCCAGAGUAGUAGCAAAGCGUGUGUGCCGUUGUGCGAGUUUACCAUUUCCGGUUCAAAGCUCAAUACGAUCCUAGUGCUUCUGGUCUUGGUGGGGUGUGUUUAGUACGGCUGGAGUCCAAAGUCCAAUGCGCCAUGCAGAUGAUUUUCUAAUUUUAUACUGUAUUCAAGAGGACCUGUUCGCAUUCGCAGCCGACAGGUUUGCCCGCUAGUAGUAGUGCGUGGAUGUGAGUGAGUGAUCGUUGGCAGUAGUUCGGCGUGCAGUGCAUCGGGUGUGAACGUCAGGCACUGUUUCGUCUUCCUGGCCCUCGGUGGUCUUCCCGUCCUUUGUUGAAGAUUUAAGACAAAGGUCAAAGCCACGACCCUACGGGCACGUGUGUAUCGUGCCGCGGUACCGAACCUCGUACGACAGACUCGACUGCAUCUACCGGUCCGCAGCAACCAUGCGUCUCGGACGAUUGUUUCGCGCGCACGGCGAAUUCUGCGCCUCGCACCCGUGGGAGGUGAUCGUGACGUUGGUAACUGGCGCGGCCUGCAUCCUCUCGCUCGACAAGGGCACCGCCGAAGCGACGCAACAGCCGUCCAAUGUUGGCGGACGCUACGAUGCCCACCGUACGGUCGACGUGCGGCUGUGCGAGGAAACCGAGCGAACCAUCAUCGACAUCAUACUGAUGAUGGUGGUGCGCGGUGCGGCCAUCCUCUACAUUUACUAUCACUUCAACAAUCUACAGAAGCUCGGAUCCAAGUACAUACUAGGCAUUGCCGGGCUGUUUACGAUUUUUUCCAGCUUCAUCUUUACCUCCACCGUACUGAACUGGCUCGGCUGUGGAGUAUCGGAUCUAAAAGACGCCUUGUUCCUUUUUCUGCUGCUGAUUGACCUGUCGAAGGCCGGCAUACUGGCCCAGCUGGCACUGUGCGGUGCCAACCAGUCUGAGGUGACGACGAACAUUGCGCGCGGCAUGGAGGUGCUCGGACCGGCCCUCUCGCUCGACACGCUCGUCGAAACGCUGGUCAUUGGCGUGGGGACACUGUCCGGUGUGCAGCGGCUGGAGGUGCUCAGCUUCAUCGCCGUCAUGUCCGCACUGGUCAACUACAUCGUCUUCAUGACCUUCUAUCCGGCCUGUCUAUCGCUCAUACUGGAGCUGACGCACAAGAGCCACAAUCGGGUGCAGAAGUUUGGCGGUGAAAAUCUGAUCCGCCAUGUGCUGCUGCAGGAGGACAGCAAACCGAAUCCGGUCGCGCAGCGUGUGAAGCUGAUCAUGUCCAGCGGGUUGUUCGUUGUGCACGUCCUCAGCCGGUUCCCGAUCUCGGACAAGGAGUCGGAUGCGGCCGAACAGAUCAUUGCGUCACAGGCGCACGAGCAUCUGGCAGCGAUGAACAAGACGGACACCAGUGAAUUCUCCGAAUUGAUUAUGCACUGGCUGACGCUCAGUUUAGAGCAGAUCUUCACCUACAUCCUCAUCAUCACGCUCGGCGUUAAGUUUGUGCUGUUCGACCGCUAUCAACUGUCCGACCAUCUGAUACAGUCGGUGGCACAAGAACAGGCAGCCGCUGCAGCUGCUGCUGCUGCCGCCGCCGCGGCGCUGAACGAAAUUAACCAACAAAAUCAAAGACCGCCCGUUACAUUCACACUGGCCGAAUCCGUCACGCUGGAAGAAAAGGCCACCCAAAGCGAACUGAGCCUGCUGGGCAAGAGCCGCCGCUUCGGCCGUAAGCUGCGUAAGCAUACGCUGGUGGAGAAUACGGCGGAUGGCGUGCAGAUGGUCGAAUCGUCCGGUGACGAAGCGGAAGACGACGACCUGCUGCUCGACAGUGACGAAGCAGAGGUUGAGCGUGAGCCACGCCCGCUGGAGGAGUGCAUACAGAUCCUGCAAGACGAGGGUAACGGGAAGCGGUUGACCGAUACCGAGGUGGAAAUGGUGGUGCGUGCCGGCCGGGGCAUUUGCCCGCUGUACAAGAUCGAAACGAUUAUCGGCGAUGCGGAGCGGGGUGUGCGCUUGCGCCGCAACAUGGUCAUGAAGGAUGCGGGACGCAGUCCGGGAACGCUGAAAGAUCUGCCGUACCUGAACUACGACUACUCGAAGGUAAUGAACGCGUGCUGCGAAAACGUGCUCGGCUACGUGCCGAUUCCGGUCGGGUAUGCGGGACCGCUGCUGCUCGACGGGAAGCGCUACUUCGUGCCAAUGGCCACUACCGAGGGUGCACUGGUCGCGAGCACAAACCGCGGCUGCAAAGCGCUCUCGAUCCGUGGCGUUACGAGCUUCGUCGAGGAUAUCGGAAUGACGCGCGCACCCUGCAUCCGGUUCCCGAACGUGCUGCUGGCGGCGCAGGCAAAGCGAUGGAUGGAAUCGGCGGACAACUUCCAGCGCAUCAAGAAAGCGUUCGACUCGACCAGCCGGUACGCGCGCCUGCAGGAUCUGCACAUUGCCAUCGACGGGCCGGUGCUGUACGUGCGCUUCCGCGCCUUCACCGGCGAUGCGAUGGGCAUGAACAUGCUGUCCAAGGGCACGGAGCGAGCGCUGCGCGACAUACAGUCGGUGUUUCCCGAGAUGGUAAUCAUUUCGCUCAGCGGUAACUUCUGCUCGGACAAAAAGCCGGCCGCGAUUAACUGGAUCAAGGGGCGCGGCAAGCGCGUCGUGUGCGAAACGAUCAUCCCGGCGGACAAGCUCGAAUCGAUCUUCAAAACGAACGCCCGCACGCUCGUGCAGUGCAACAAGCUGAAAAACAUGACCGGCUCGGCGGUGGCGGGCAGCAUCGGCGGCAACAAUGCACACGCCGCGAACAUGGUGACGGCGAUCUACAUCGCGACCGGCCAGGAUCCGGCCCAAAACGUUACCAGCAGCAACUGCUCGACCAACAUGGAAACGUGCGGCGAGACGGGUGAGGAUCUGUAUAUUACCUGCACGAUGCCCUCGCUGGAGGUGGGCACGCUCGGCGGUGGGACGGGCCUGCCCGGGCAGGGCGCCUGUCUCGAUAUGCUCGGCGUGCGCGGUUCGCAUCCGACGCAACCGGCAGAGAAUGCGAAACAGCUGGCCCGCAUCAUCUGCGCCACCGUGAUGGCCGGAGAACUGAGUCUUUUGUCGGCACUGGUCACUAGCGAUCUAGUCAAAAGCCAUAUGCGACACAACAGAUCAUCGGUAGCAGUAAAUCCAAAUGUUCAUCCACCGACGCCGGCAGCAGUGGCGCCCGCGAAGGGUGGUGAAACGAAUCCACCAUCAUCUUAACGACUAGCCGCCCAACGGGCAGUGGCGAGAUGACACUCGAUAUGAUAUAGGAUCAAGCACUCAUUUCCACACGCGGCAACGAACGGCUCACUAUCUUUCUGCCAAAAAAGAGUGAGGAUAGCUGGUAACCGAUAGGAACCGACUAGGGGAAAAACACAAAUAAAAGCCUAGAUCUAUAAUUUAUUCUACAAAAAGCAAACAAAACCCCUAAAGGAAAGCGGCGGUUUCUCGCGACCGCCAGAGGAAGGGACAACCACCAUUCAACCAUACAUUGAAGGAUAUAUAUUUUUGCGAUGGGUUUGUACAUAGCAUUCUGUUAAGUGGCUUUGGCUAGCUGAGGAGGCACAAACAAACGACUGUAGGACGGCAUUGGACCGCACGUGUGCUCACCACCGUGCAAGCACUAAAACACGGGAAACAAAUGUGGGCGGUUCUGGGUGCAACCAAGGGCUUCUAAAAUAGGCAUAAGAAAAGGAAGUAGCCGAACGUAAGGAACUAAUUAGCAGAAGAAGAUUUAUGCUAAAAACGAGGGUCCCGUUCUAAACACUUUCUCGCCCAUCUCACACACUACUGGUGUCGAAUGGCAGUGCCGAAGACUUAAACGUUAAGCCAAAUGUGUAUUGCAAUAACGAUGAACAGUCGCACGCGUAGUACAGCAAAUGGAGAAUACAAACCAGUGCAGUGCGCCAGGGCGACAGUGGGGAAUGAUUUUAUGCUGCCAGCUGCUUACUUAUGUUCGUUCCUUAAGGGUUAAAAAACUUACCGGUUCAUAUGGGAAUAGGCGGGGGCCGCAACGGACGGCACACCUGGUGUGGACUUCCGGCUCGAUUCGGUCGUGCUUUCCGUACUAUUCUGCUGAGAUCAAGCUAUUCAAGAGAGAUAAGUAAUUUAGUGCAGUAGUCAGAUGGUUUAUCCCUUAUGUUUUUACCCUCGUCUUGCAUAGCAAACGUUUGAGCUCGGUUAGAAAACUUUCUUUUUUUCGGUCGGAACCCCUACCGAUAACUAGCGAACGGUGAAAGACAGAUGAUUGUGAACAAAUAGCAAACAAGAUAGGUAAAUAGCGUGUUGAUCGAAAGGCUCAAACCACUGGCAGGCAAAACAUCUAGCAGGGCGCAGUACGGAUGAAGGGGCUGUUCGAGACAGCCAGACAGAGACCAGAAUUAGUGUGUAUCGUUAAUGAAAUUAUGAACGAAGCAAGCAAAUGAAGUUAUAAAUUAGUUACAAAAUCUACAAAA